AUGUACUCGAGUCCAAGGAAGUUAACAACUUACCUUCCAACAUUAUGCAAUCGAUCAAUAUCGAGCGAGUCUCUUUUCUCAUAUUCUUCGGGACGAUUCCUAUACAACGUGCAGGCACGGCUUCGAGAACGAUAUGUCACAUUUGAUAUCUCUGCAUUCGCAAAGGCUGUUGCGAAGCAUGUCGGUCAUAGGUGCGUUGAGAGCAUUGUCAAGCUCCGUGAGGGAGGUUUCAAUCGUGUGCUACUAGCCACUAUGGAAGAUGCAUUCCGAGCCAUAAUAAAGAUCCCCUACUGGAUAUCAGUGCCCAAGACUUACGCAACAGCUAGCGAGGUCGCAACUCUGGCAUUUCUUCGCUCUAAGAAGAUCCCAGUUCCGGAAGUUUAUGGCUGGUCUUCGGCCACUGACAAUCCAGUCGGUGUAGAGUACAUUAUCAUGGAACAUGUCGUAGGUGUCGGUGCUGAUACUCGUUGGUUCAAUAAUACAAAACACCAAAAGCAUGCUUUGGUGACAGGCAUCGUUGAUAUUGAGAAGAAGCUUUUCAGCAUACCAUUUGGGGCUAUUGGAAGCCUGUAUUUCAGAACUGACCUGCCACCCCAACUGCAGGCUCCGCUAUAUGCAGUGGGCACGCCAGAUGAAGCUGGAGACUCCCAGAACUACUGCAUCGGACCAACGGCUGAUUACAUGUUUUGGUAUGGGCAAAGAGCUAAGCUGGAUCUGGACCGAGGGCCGUGUAAGUUGGCUAUUAGUCUGAAGUACUUCAAUGGGCGAUCAUCGAGCUGA